AUGACAGAACAUCCGCUGUUCAAGUCGAGCGACUCGGGGUUGCUGCUGGUGUUUAUGGAACCGGGCGCCGCUGUCACGCUUCCAGAGUUUCACACGUGGUACGAUGAGGAACAUGUUCCGCUACGAAUCCAGCGGUUUACGACGUUCCGGUCUGCUACGCGGUACGCUGUUACCUCGACGGCUCUCACCCCGACCGGGGUGAACAAUGCGCCGGAUUCGACGUGGGGUGCUUUUUAUACGAUUUCGGAUAACUCGGUAUUUGCGGAUUCCAGCUAUACUUCGUUAAGGAGUGAAAGGAGUGAGAGGGAGGCGGAGUUGUUUACAAGACUGGCGAUUGUGGAUAGGAGGAUCUACAGGUUGGAGUACGACUCUGACUCGGACGAAACCAUCACCGUCGACCGAACAAAGUUGGGUUUGGCAAUUCAAACCGAACAAGCCACCCCGACAUACAUCGUUACAAACAGCAUCGAUAUGAUCGACUCUGCGUCACAGGAAGAAUACAACAAAUGGUUUGCGGAAGAGCACAUUCCCAUGCUAGCCAAGGUGAAAGGAUGGAGAAGGAGCAGGAGGUUCACGUUGAUCGAUGCAGGGGUGAAUGGUACGGGGAAGAGUGGUGAGGAGGUGGUACCCAAGUGUCUUGGAUUGCACGAAUGGGAUGAAGCCCCUGAGGAAGAGGAGCAGUAUAGGGUGGCGUGUGGGACGAAAUGGAGGAAGGACGUGUUGGGUGGAGAGGGAGAGCCCAAGUUGGUCAGGAGGGAGAGGAAGACGUGUCAGCUGUACAGGGCGUGGGAUCCGUUGGCUGCGAUCGAGGCCGAGCGCAAGAAGUAG